AUGCCCGACCUUGGGACCCUUUGCCUUGCCGAAAUGGCCUUCUUCAGCCUCGAUCUGGCGGCGCUCCCGGACGAGCUCUAUGACGACGCCGUCCCAGACGAGAAGUGGUUCGAUCGGGCGCAAAAGGUUGGGCCCGGCGGCUUCGCUGCCGGCUCGCUGAGCGCCGUGUCGCCACUCGCGCUCGGCCCACACCUCGAGCGGAUCAUCAACAUCCCGCUCUACCUCACGCUGAACUGGCUUCCGUUCGUGCUCCCGCUAGCGUCAGCGGGCUGGUACGUCUUCACCGAGCGGAACAACCAGAAGUACCUCUCGAUGCGCGUCGUGUGGCCGGCCUCGUUUGAACAGAUCCGCGGCAGCCAGCACUGCAUCUUUGCCGCGAUCCCGCACGGCGCCGCGCCGCUGGGCAUCACUUGCUACCCGCUCUGGUCGCGGCUGGGCGGCGCGCUGUGUCACUGGACGACCGCGCCGGUGGUGCUGCAGAUCCCUCUGGUCGGGUACGUGCUCCGCACGAUCGGCUACAUUCCCGCAAAGGGCAAGGAGAUGAGUAAAGCGCUCGAGCGGCGCGAGAGCGUCGGCGUCGUGCUGGACGGGAUCGCGGGCAUGUUCCAGUCGGACGAGCGGGUGGAGAAGGCGUGGGUGAAAAAGCGCAAGGCGAUCGUGGCCAUCGCCCUCAAGGCGGGCUUGGUCGCGGUGUGCACCGCCCUCGGCGCGCCGAUCGAGUACCACGCACCGAUCGAGCCCUCAAAGCAGCUGGUUGACGAGUACCACGCAAAGCUGCUCGACGGCUACACGCUCCUCUUCGAGCAGCACAAGGCCGCGUUCGGCUGGGGCCAAAAGGAGCUCAAGUUUGUGUAG